AUGAAGCGCGUGCGUAACCACCGUGACACGUGGAACCUGACUCUGCAUGACGACCGGGAGGCAGUGUCGGCCAACUACUUUCCCAUGACCACGGGCGCAUACAUCAAGGACGACAAGCGGCAGCUGAAUGUGGUGACGGACCGCGCACAAGGAGUGGCAAGUUUGGUGGACGGACAGGUCGAGGUGAUGGUUCACCGUCGCCUGCUUGCGGACGACAAUAAGGGUGCGGGAGAGCACUUGAACGAGACGGAGUCAGUGUAUGACGAAGCUACCAAGGCGUACGUGACAAAGGGACUGGUGGUGCGCGGCAACUUGUUCAUCAGCGUGGACUCCGCUGACGAUGGUAUGCGCAGCAUGCGUUCGAAGAUGGAGUCGCAGCUUUUCCGUUCACUGCCUGUACAGGGCACACGUAUGUGA